UUUGCCUCACGAUCGGCGGACCAAAAAACACGAGUUUUAUCUCUCUAGAUUUGGAAAAAAUGGAGAGAAUGGUUUUCUCUCUCAUCCUUGUUUCAAUGGUUUUCUCUCUCUCUAAUUCAACAGCCAUUAAGCCUCAUGUGGUGGGUUCUCUAAAGAUCAAGGAUAAGCAGGCGAUAGAGAGAGAAGAAGUGCCAGAAAAUACGUGCUCCUAUACUGUGAAGAUAAAAACCAGCUGUUCUUCGGUUUCGUAUACCAGAGACCAGAUCAGUCUGGUAUUUGGUGAUGCUUAUAAAAACCAGGUGUACGUUCCAAGACUUGAUGACCCAUCUUCAGGCACAUUCGAGAGAUGCUCGACUGAUACAUUUAACUUGAGGGGGCCAUGCAGCUACAGGAUAUGUUAUCUCUAUCUGAACAGGUAUGGGCAAGAUGGGUGGAGGCCUGAGUGGGUGAAGAUUUAUAAACCAAGCUCUGAUACCCCUGUUACCUUCUACUAUGAUGAAUUCAUCCCUUUUGAUGUCUGGUAUGGCUUCAAUCUGUGUUCCUCUACCCCUCAUCCUAACAAUGGUGGAGCCCUUUCCUCAAGCAAGUAGUGAGAGAAAGAGAGAGAGAGAGAUAGAGAGAGAGACUUUUGGGUCAUUGAGUUUAUCUCAUUGGUAGGUUGUUAUAGGGAUGUAAUUGGGGUUAUGAUUGAAUAAGUGAAAGUUUAGAGAGAGAGAGAGAGAGAGAGUUGGGGAUUUUUUUUUGAAUGUGUGUUUUAUUGUUUAGAUUUGGGUGUUUUUGACGUGUAACAAGUAAUUGAGUGAAACUUUUCAUUUGUAAUGUUGUAUGGAUGCAUAUUAUGAACCUACCUACCCACCCAGCACAUCUUCAUUGUACUAAUUGAAUUUCAUACAGCAUUAAACCA